AUGGAGGAUGGGGGACGUGUUUUCUCUAAUGAUGAAAAUGCAAGAAGACCGCAUAGAGCUCUGGUUUUUGACAAAGAAGGAGAUCUCGAGGCAGGAUUUAGAAACAAUGAUCCUUCAAUAAGAAUUUCUCAAAGCCUUGGUGGAGCCUCUAAGGGGCAAUCUGACAGAGGACCAAAAGCUAAAGCAACAAAGAUUGUGAGCUAUAGUCUACAGCUUGGUCUACAAAACAAUUUCUUCAAUUGCAAUAACAAAAUUUGGCUUUUUUGGUCAUCAGAGCUAAACCUGCAGGUUUUGGAUAAUACUGAACAGCAGGUCACUUGUAAAAUAAUUGUACCAAGGCAACAGGAUCCACUCUUCAUUUCAGUGAAGUCCGGGGAAAGGCCAUACAGAAUAAGCAAAAGCAUUGAUUUUCUUAACUGUCUAGAGGAUUGUGGGCUAGUGGAUGCAGGAUACUUUGGAACCAAAUAUACAUGGUGUAACGACAGGGGUUUUCCCAAAACAAUAUGGAAGAGGCUUGAUAGAGUACUCAUCAACACAGAAUGGGCUAAUGAACUAAGAGAAACGACUGUGCAACACCUUGCAAGGGUAAGCUUAGAUCACGCACCACUCUUUAUUACUCUCAGCAAGCCGAAAAUCAGUGGCCCAAGAUAUUUCAAGUUUUUGGAGUUUUGGGUUGAACAUCAGGAUUUUAAAACAAUUGUUGCAGAAACUUGUUGGUCAAGGCAAGCAUUUGGUGAUAUCUAUGAAGAACCAAAGAGGCUUGAAAAACAAAUAGAAGACAUUGAGAUUCAACUCAUUGCUGACAAUAAUCCUGCGAAGAGGUCGGAGUUGAAUCUGCUGAAAGCUAAAUAUCACCAAUUCCUGAAGCUGCAAGACUCAAUACUAAAACAGAAGGCAAAGGCUAAAUGGCUAGAGAAGGGUGACAGAAACACAGCUUUUUUUCAUAGUGUGAUUAAAGGGAGAAGGAAGAGGCUAAACCUGCAGAGAAUACAAGAUAAUGAUGAGGUUUGGAGAGAGGGUAGCCAAGACAUAGCAAAUACGGCAAUCCACCAUUUCCACAAGAUUUUCAAUCAUAGUGACGCAGUGGAGGAUCUAUCCUUAUUAAAUUGCCUCCAACCAAGAGUAACUCAAGAAGAGAAUGACAUGCUAACAACUUUGCCAACAAUGGAGGAAGUAAAAGCCAGUAUUUUUUCAAUUAAUCCUGAUAGCUCACUAGGACCCGAAGGCCUCGACAGCACUUCUUACCUGUGA